AUGGUGCACGUUGACAUUGAGCCGGCCGAGGCCGAAGUUGCCAUCAUUGGCAUGGCAUGCAGGGUUGCGGGUGCCGACUCUCCUUCAAAGCUUUGGGAUGUCCUUGCAACCUCCAAAGACGUCCAAAAAGAUAUCACCCGGUUCAACGGUGAUGGUUUCUAUGCACCGGAUGGUGGACCUCGCAAGGGCUUGACGAACGUCAAACGGUCCUAUUUCAUCGAUGGAGAAGUCAGCGAAUUUGACAACGCUUUCUUCUCCAUUCCUCCGCUGGAAGCGAAUGCCAUGGACCCGCAGCAGCGGUUGCUGCUUGAGGUUACCUAUGAAGCCGUGGAGAACGCGGGCAUUCCACUCGAGAAUUUUCGAGGCUCAAACACUGCAGUGUUUGCAGCAACGACCAGCGGCGAUUAUGCCACCAACACGCUGCGCGACUUGGACUCGACGCAGAAAUACACCUCUACCGGCACUUCCAACGCCAUUCUUGCCAAUCGGCUAAGUUACUCCUUUGAUCUCCACGGCCCUAGUCUUCUGAUCGAUACCGCGUGUUCGUCGACGAUGGUUGCCUUGCAUUACGCAGUGGCUGCUCUGAAGUCUGGAGAGGCAAGUAUGGCUUUGGUCAGCGGUGUGAACCUUAUGCUCAACCCCGACAUGUUUGUACACAUGUCUGAGCUCGGAUUCCUGAGCCCUUCGGGCCGCUGUCGCAGCUUUAAUGCCGCUGGAGACGGGUACGCCCGUGCUGAGGGCGUGCUGUCCCUUUUGUUGAAACCUCUUCAUCAAGCUCGUCUGGAUGGCGACCCGAUCCGUGCUGUUAUCAAAGGCACGAGGCUGAACCACAACGGAAGGACUCAGGGAAUCACAUUGCCCUCGACAAAAGAGCAAAAGGCCAAUCUGGAAGCUCUGUAUGAGAGCUUCAAUCUGGAUCCAGCCGACAUUCAGUACUUUGAAGCCCACGGAACUGGUACUGCUGCAGGCGAUCCUAUCGAGCUAGCGGCUGUGGACUCCGUCUUCGGUGCCUCACACAGCCUGCAAAAGCUUGUGGUGGGCUCAGUGAAGUCUAACAUUGGUCACCUCGAAUCGUGCGCUGCGCUCGCCGGAAUCGUCAAAACAGUCGAAUGCCUCGAGAGAGGUCUCAUCCCUCCUCAGAUGCACUUUGAGAACCCGAACCCCAAGAUUGACUUCUCGAACAUUGAGAUCCCAACACGGAUGCUCCAGUGGCCGCCCACAGGGAGCCACCCCCGACGAGCGGCCAUCAACUCGUUCGGCUUUGGGGGUACAAACGGCCAUGUCGUGCUUGAGCACUUUCCAAGGACCCAGUCUCGUUCUGCCCAAGGCGACCGCCCGUACCUCUUCAGGCUGUCUGCCGCCAACGACACCUCCCUGAGCCUGAUGGCUUCCUCGCAUGCGGAUUUCGUUGAAUCUCAGCAGCCAAACAUUGUCGAUCUGGCUCACACUCUGCUCGCCCGACGGGCAUUCUUGAAGCGAUCGAUGUUCGUAACGGCUUCCAGCCUAGAGGAACUUGUCGGCAAGUUGCGCGAUCCCGCCACGCCUCGUGCGACAAGAUCAAAUGAUGCUGUUUCCCGCAUCGGCUUCGUUUUCACAGGCCAGGGGGCACAGUGGCCAACUAUGGGGAAGCAGCUCCUGGAAGAGAGCCCGGUGUUCCGCUCCAAGGUCAUGGAGUGUGACCGGGUACUCCAGGCACUUCCAGACGGCCCUGACUGGACCGCUCUGGAGGAGCUGGCGAAACCAAAAGAGACGUCGCGUAUAAACAUCUCGAGCCUCUCGCAGCCGCUCUGCACAAUCCUCCAGAUAUCCUUGCUGGAAGUCUGGAAAUCGUGGGGUAUUACUCCUUCAAGCGUCGUUGGGCAUUCGUCCGGAGAGGUCGCAGCAGCAUAUGCAGCGGGCAUCCUUUCCCUGUCCGAUGCUGUCAUAGUCGCCUACUACCGUGGGCUAUACCUUGGCAGCUCUUCGGCACCGUCCUCCUCUCAGAAGGGAGGUAUGUGUGCGGUCGGUCUGGGAGAAGCUGGCGUGCAGGACUUCCUCAAGCGCUUCCCAGGUAAGGUGGCCUUGGCUGCUGUGAACUCACCUGGAAGUUGCACGCUGUCGGGCGACAAAGACGCCAUCGAGGCCAUUGUGGAGUCUUGCAAGGCAGAUGGAGUCUUCUGCAGGCUCCUCAAAGUCGACAUGGCGUACCACUCUCACCACAUGCUUCCGCUCGCGCCCAUGUACGAGAAGGCCAUGGCAAACGUCGGAGUCAGCCCGGCGUCGUCCUCAAAGGCCAACAUGUACUCGUCUGUAUAUGGAUGUCGGAUCGAUCCUCGGAAAUGCACUCCGACGUACUGGAAAGACAACAUGACGUCAACUGUUCGCUUCUCUGCGGCCGUGUCGGACCUGAUGCUUCAAGAGAACGUUGACGCUCUGGUGGAAAUCGGACCCCAUCCCGCACUCAAAGGCCCAGUUGCAGACACGCUGGCGGACCUUGGCACAACAGGUAUCCCAUACUUUUCAUCGUGUUUCCGCGGUAAGCCCGACAUGGUUGCCCUCUUGGAGUCUGCUGGGAACAUGAUGAACGCAAACCUUCCUGUCCAGGCCAGCCGCCUCAAUGCAAAUGAAGUCGCCCGCGGAUCCGGCUUCACGUACGAGACAGGCCAAGUCCUGACAAACCUUCCAAAAUAUGAGUGGGAUCACUCUGGCUCUUUCUGGGCUGAGUCGCGCAUUAGCCGCAAUCUACGCUUCCGUCAAUUUCCACGCCACGAACUGCUUGGCUCUCGAAUGGUUGAAGACACCCCUUUAACCAUGGGCUGGAGAAACAAUCUUACAUCGAAGGAAGUGAAAUGGCUCUCAACCAUAAAGGCCAGCGGCGCAGCUUCACUGCCACCUACUGUAUUCCUUUCAAUGGCCUGGGAAGCCGCUCGUCAAGUCCACCAUCUCCACAAGUUACAAGAACGCAUCGUUCAACUCAAAGACAUCACUUUCGAGGAUAGAUUGCCUUUGUCGUGGCUCGAGGAUGACGCUUCUGUAGAACUGCAUUUCCGCCUCAACUUGGAUCGUGCGGGCGCGGCCGGGACGUUUGAGAUCUCAGCAGCGUCUGCAGACUCUACGGAAAACUGGAUCAGGCCCUGCGCUGGAGCUUUGGCAUUCUGCGAAGAGCCAACGAAGACUCCAGGCUUCCGCAAGGAAGUUCAGCAUAGUGCUUCCCUACAGAGCUAUCUCGAAUCCUUCGAGCUGGCCGAUAUCAAAGGCGUACAGAAUCUGGCCAUGAACACCGGCGCAGCCAGUGGUCAGCUGGAGCAAAGCGAAGACCCCGCCUACAACGUUGAUCCAGUGGCUUUCUCAAACCUAAUGCGCGUUCAGGAGAUGAUGGUGCUCGGGUCUGGGCUGCCUGGAGAAUACAAUUUACGGUCGAUCAAUCUUGUCGAAGCACGACUGGCAGAGGCCUCCUUGGGCACGCCCCAAUUCUACAUCGACAGGCGCCAGGCCAGCUCUGUGGCGGCUAGGAUGGAUCUAUGGAUAACCGGAUCGGAUGAAGCAUACAUAUCUCUCCGCUCCAUGGAUUUCCAGCUUCAGGAACAAAUCAACCCAAAGCCCCGACUUGCGUCGCUUUUCUUCAGGCCCCAAGUACUCCCCGACAUCUCAUCUGAGAAUUUCAAGGCAGGGACUGCCGGCGUACCCGCAGAGAUUGACGUGGCCAUUGUGGACGUGGAGGCAGAUAUUGCGGCUGCCAUCAUCUCAGCCUGUCCAGGCCUCCGAGCUGACGAACGGUCAAGCCUACGGACACUGACUGUUGUUGGAGACCACGAUGUCCCCGAGUCACCGCGGGUACGCCGCGUGCAGCAGCUGAACUCCAAGUCAAAGUUCCACAUGAUUGCUGGCGCGGAGAACUCCUUGCAGCAGUGGGCUUCGAUGCUCCUGCCCGCAGGCCUCCUGUGUGUUCGGCUCGACUCGGAUGAGGGACGGGCUGCCUUUGCCGACAGCUUUGAGUUCGUGUGCAGCCUUCGGAAUCUGGAAUCGCAGAGCUGGGUCGUUGGGCGUCUGAAGAAGGUGCACAGUGACCUAUCAGGAUGCCGUCCCAAGGUAUUUUCGCCUGAGAAAUUCGAUAUUUCGGCGCUUUCGAGUGUUCUCGAAAUGGAUCAUGCCAGGCUCCCAGGACAUACGAUCAACGGCGCCGAGAAUCACUCAAACACGACACCGCAGCAUGUCAUCGUACUCGACUGUGGUCCAGAGUCUAUACUGGCAAGGCAAUCGGCUGACGGAUGGCUUUCUUGGCUUCAAUCCAUGGUCGAGGGCAUGCAGACGUUACUCUGGGUCAACCAUCAAGUACAGUCAGACCCCUUCUCGAACGUCGCUGGGAGCUUUAUCCGCACUCUGUGUGCAGAGUAUCCUGCUCUUCGAGCGGCGCAUCUUGUCAUUACGGACAGCCCCAGUGCUGAUCACACCGCCGAGAUGGUCAAACAAGCUUACACCCAGCUGCAAGAAGGCAGUGCUGAGGUCGAACUGGUGGCCAAGGAUGGAUGUCUCCAGUGCUUGCGCUACCUUCCCAAUGACCAGUUGAAUGCAUCCGUCGGCAUCGCACCGCCAAUGCACUCACGCAGGCAGCCGGCUACUGGCGACUACCGUAUUGCCUGCGCUGGAGAACACCGCGUCGCCGUCUUUUCGGCGCCGCCCGUGUUGCCCCAUUCUUUACCCGCAGGCUCCGUGGUUGUCGAGAACCGAGCAUCUCUGGUGGAUCACUCGGACGUUCUCGCCUUUGCAACGCCCAGCGUAGCCCAUGACGUCAAGACUGGCUUUGGCCUCUUCUUUGCUGGCAUCGUCACCCUCUCCAGUACUCCAGAAUUCCAAAGCGGCGUGCCCGUUGUGGGCUGGUCACCCGGAGCCCACAGCUCCUCCGUUCAGGUUCCCACCAGACAGAUUCACGCGCUUCCGAAUGGCGCUUCCUUGGAGCAUGCAGUCUACUGUUUCGCAGCCAGCGCUACCGCGUAUGCUGCUGUUACCGGCGCUGCCAGAGCAAGGAAGGGUGACAGUUUCGGUCUGUCCGUCACUGGCAUACUUGAAACUGCUAUUCAAAAAGUGUGCGAAACGCUUGAGGUCAACAUCGUGGAUGAGCUUACUUCAGCAGACUUUUCUGUGACUUUCGAGUCGUCAAAGGGCCUGGCUGUCAACUCACGACCGGUGGAUGUCCGUCGCUAUCUGGAAUCUCGAUCAACAAUGUCCUCUAUCGUUGGGUUGUUCUACACUCUUCUGCACAGUCAGAAGUCCAUCUCAACGGUAGACACCUUCCAGCUGUCUGAAGUCCAAGCCGCGUUUGACACAGGCGCUCUCGGGCCUCUGCACAGCGUCAUUAUUCAUUCCGGAAAGGAGAUGAUGAAUGACUACGUGGUCGACUAUGUGCCAGUACCCAAGCUCUUCUCGGAAAAUGGCGCAUACAUCCUUCUCGGUGGCAUGGGUGGUCUUGGUCAAUAUCUGGCAACAUGGAUGAUAGAAAAUGGGGCCAAGAACCUGGUCACCAUAAGUCGAAGCGGCCUUUCCAGUGAAGACGCAAAGCGAACGGCCAGGUCCAUUGAAGAACUCGGAGGUCAAGUACAAGCCUUCUCGGUGGAUGUAUCCAACGCGGAUGCACUUGACGAUGCCAUCGCUCAAAUCCGAACGCAGCACCGAAUCCGCGGAUGCAUCAACCUUGCCAUGGUCCUUCAGGAUGCGCCUUUCAUGAAGAUGACUCCAGAGAGAUGGGACCGUGCCCUUAAGCUGAAGGUUGAGGGUUCGUGGAACCUCCACCAGUCCACGCUUCAGGAUGAUCUCGACUUCUUCAUCCUCUUCUCUUCCAUUUCGUCAAUCACUGGAAACCGCUCCCAGUCCAACUACGCCACUGGCAACGCUUUCCAGAACGCCCUAGCAGCAUAUCGGAGAUCCAAAGGUCUGCCUGGCCUGUCGAUUGCCCUGGGCUCAAUGAGCGGAAUCGGCGUCCUGGCGAAUGACGAGAACCUGCUGACGUACUGCGCUCAAAUGGGUCACGCUCACAUCGGUCCGAAAGAGCUGGAAAAGGUCAUGGAAGCUGCCAUCUUUGAAUCACACAAACCCGACUGCGCUCCGCUGAUCUCUUUGGGUUUCGAGAUGUUUGAAUCCUUGGACGGUGUUGUUCAGAAGAGAGCUGACCAGAGCCAAGCGUUCUGGACCGACUUCCCAGAGUUCAGCCACCUGAUUGAUCACAAGUCGACUGGGGCCGAGGAAGUAGUGCGAUCGCUGAAAGAGCGCCUGCAAUCUCCGGGUUCUGAAGGCGCAGAGGCGACGCUCAUGGACGCUUUCCUCGGAUGUCUCGGGAGCCUUCUUGGGUACGGCGUCGAUGCCUUUGAUCCCGAAUCAUCGAUUGCAGUAUACGGGCUUGAUUCGCUCAAUGCUAUGUCCUGUCGUUAUUGGUUCUUCCAGCAACUUGGCCUCGACGUGCCAGUGUUUGACAUCCUCGGAUGCAAAUCGAUCCGUGCUCUCAUUUCCAGAGUUAUCACCAAAUUCCAAGAUGGACAGGAGGGUUCAAAGGGCUAUGUGAUUCCACAGCCCGUGCGGCACACAGAUCUCCAGUACAGACCACUCUCCCACUCCCAACGCCGGCUGUGGUUCCUUCACAACUAUCUUCCGGACAAGACUACGUACAACCUCUUGCUGGUAUGCCACAUUGAAGGCACAGUCAACGUACCGGCUUUCAAACGAGCAUGGACUGUUCUUCUGAAACGUCACGAGUCCCUGCACUCACGUCUCAUCGAUACGGAUGAAGGACUGCAGCAAAUCCCGGUGGAGCUGGACGAGUUCCCUAUCACUGACGUUAUCACCCCAAGCGACAAAUAUGAUGAAACAGUUCAGGAGAUCACCCGGCUGGCUCGUUCGCACGAGUUCAGCCUUGAAGAUGCGGAGCUUGUUCGAGGGUGGCUUCUCCAGUCACCAAGUGGAUGGAAGUUCUUCCUGACCUCUCACCAUCUUGCCUGGGAUCGGUCUUCAGUCCCGACCAUAUUCGCAGAGACUAUGAGCGUGUACAAAUCCUUGGUCAACGGGGAAAGCGAGGAGUCAUCUCUGAAGCCUGUUGACUUACAGUUCAUCGACUACACCUUGUGGCAAGAAGAGUGUCUCAAUGCCCCACAGUUUACGGAGCCGCUAUUGGCUUAUUGGAGUGAGCAGUUGAGCAACAUUCCUGAGUCAAGUUCGCUUCUGCCGAUGGCUCUCAGAGAUACCCGCCCGGUUGUGAAGGAACUGGAGACAGACAACGUCACUUUUGCUCUCGAUUCUACACUGGGCCGAUCGAUCAAGGACUUUUGUGCCAGGCAUGCGGUCACACCGUUCAUGUUCAUGACAUCCAGUUUGAGCGCUCUGGUGCAUCGGUUGACAGGAGACGAAGAUGUCGUGGUCGGGAUUGCGGACGGAGACCGUGGGCACUCGGCCUUUGACGAUAUGAUCGGCUUUACGGUCAACAUGUUGCCAAUCCGCAGCCGAACCUCUGCUUCUGAGCCCUUUAUCUCGAUACUGGAAGGGUUCCGGAAAUCCUGCCUGGAAGCAUACGAACACCGAGCCAUGCCAUUUGACGUUUUACUCUCCAGACUCGAGAUUCCCCGACGAACGUCUCACAGCCCCGUCUUCCAGAUAACCGUCAACUAUCAAAUGCACGGUGCCUUCCCCGAGUACGACUACGGCGACUUCAAAUUCACCAAGUACGACCAUUACAAUGCCCGUCUGCAAAUGGAUCUUAGCCUGAGCAUUGAGGAAGAGCUCACUGGCGGGCUUGACUGCGUUUUCGAAUUUGACACGGCGCUCUACGAUCGGCAAGGCGUAACCAGCCUGGCAGAAAUAUACAAGACGUUCAUCGAGAACAUUGUUGUUUCUGAUGGGGCGCUGCCGCUCAACCAAACAUCAAUUGUUUCGACAGCGGAUGAAGUCUUGAUCAAAACGCUCUUGGAGCAACCUGCCGAUGUCACUGCACUCGAGGAGUGCGAUGCAACAUUGUUCCCGGUGCUCUUCCAGCGGGCUGUGUCCAGUCAUCCCAACAAGGUUGCCUUGGUCGACGAAUCGAGAACGCUGACAUGGUCUGAGGUGGACGCCGCCACACGGAAAAUCGCGAAUGAACUUGUCAAGAGUGGAGCGGAACACUGUGAGCCGAUAGGUAUCUUCUGCGAGCAAUCGGUGGAGCUGGUGUUGGCAGCUUGGGGCAUCGUCCGCGCCGGCUGUGCUUAUGUGCCCAUCGAUCCGGACUUUCCCGAUGCUCGAAUCCUCUCGAUGAUGGAGGACGUGGAGAUGACGAAGAUACUUGUGGACGGAGGAAACGACCGCGUACAGCGGAUGGUUGCAUGUGGAGUCAAACUAGCGGACAUCCACGAGAUCCACAAGAUGACGGAAGCUGCUAGUGCAGACGAAGUGCCCCUUAUCUUCCAUGACAUCACCAAGUCGGAUCCAUUUUGCUGCGUCUUCACAAGCGGCAGCACAGGACGUCCCAAAGGAAUUUAUAUUGGACAUGGCCAGCUUCGAUACCAACAAGACGGAUAUCACCGCAUUGUUGGCACAUCCGCAGAAGACCGAAUUCUUCUAGCAUCGGCAAUGGUCUUCGACGCGUCCUUGUGCGCCAUCUACGGAGCAGUUCUACAUGGAGCAACGCUUGUAGUUGCAAGCAGAGAAGCUCGGUUUUCUCCAUCAACCAUGAUUGACCUGAUCAUUGAUCAACAAAUCUCAAACUGCAUCAUGACUCCAACCCAAGUAUCCAUCCUGCUGGCAGCCCCCAACCGGAAGAAGCUUCUAGAGUGGACGAGUCUCAAGUCUCUUGCACUUGGAGGCGAGGCUCCCCCACAGCAUCUCCUUCGAGACUUGUACGGACUGAAUUUGCCUCAUGCUACUUUCUUCAACGCAUAUGGCCCUACAGAGACAACAGUUGCCUGCUCAGUUGCAAAACUGAGUCCAAGCGACGUUGCCAGUGGAAGCAUUCCUCUGGCGCCCCCGCAAUUCCCAGCGACCCUUUACAUUCUCGACGACCGAGGAAACCGCGCACCGCUCGGUGUUCCUGGAGAGCUAUGGAUCGGCGGCCCGGCCGUGAACAAUGGUUACAUCAAACGACCAGAGCUGACUCAACGAGCAUUCUUGCCGGACCCAUUCAGCUCCCAGCCCGGCCAGAUCUACCGGACUGGCGAUCUCUUCUGCCUUGGCCGUGACGGCUCCCUGCACGCGCGGGGCCGCAUCGGUGGGGACCGACAGAUGAAGCUGCGGGGCAUGCGCAUCGAGCUUGACGAGAUCGAAUCCGCGCUGUGGGACCUGUACGAAGACCUCGAGGAGGGCGAAGCGCCACCGUUGAUGAACCUGGCCGUCGCGUACCACAAGAAGGGCGAUGCGGAUGGCAUGCUGGCGGCCUACUUCGCCGUCGGCGAGGCGCCCGUCAGUUCCUCGUUAAAGCAAGCGCUGGGGAGUUUCUUCAGGACCGGGCUGAGGGAGUGCCUGCCAAUCCACAUGGUUCCGAGUGCCUUCGUCUUCGUGGCUGCCUUGCCAACGACAGUGGCUGGAAAGACGGACUACAGAACCAUCAGUUCCUGGCCAGCUCCAGCACGGAUGACGGUAGCUUCGGAGAGGAAGGCUGGUGAUUCGUUGCAGCUUACUGCAUUGCAACAGGGUAUCGUGAAAGUCUGGCGAGACGUUCUCGGGGAGGAAGGUGAGAUCUGUGAGGAAGAUGAUUUCUUCAGCCUUGGCGGUCAUUCGCUGCUCUUGAUGAGAGUGCAAGCCGGCAUCCAGAGCGCCUAUGGUGCCACAUUGUCUCUUGCCGCAAUGUUUGCUGAGCCAACAGUAGCGGGCAUGGAGAGACUGCUGUUGGCGCAACCUGAAAUGGCUGGAAAGACGAAUGGGACUUCAGCACGUGAAGAUGAAACAAUUACGACUGUAGACUGGAAAAAGGAAGCCGCUCUGCCACAAGAGUGCAACUGGAUCAUCACCGACAUUCCCAACAAGCCGAUCGAAGCCGUAGCAAUGACGGGUGCCUCUUCCGUGAUCGGGGUGCAUUUCUUGCAUCAGCUCCUGACCACAACAAGAUGCAUGGUCUACUGCCUGGCAGAAGAUGCUCCGUCACGCAAAGAGGCACUGGAGCAAGUCAAUUCAUCCCUGGCCGCUCACGGGUUCAUCGACAGCCUUCCGAACGGCUGGCGCGACCGGAUCAUCGUCUUCUGCGGCACGCUGUCCGACGCACACCUUGGCCUGUCAGCCCAAGAAAUUGCCCUUCUCGAUGCCAAAGUCAACGCAAUCUACCACAUGGACUCGGAUGUCUCGCUGCUGAAAAACUACGAGGGCGUGCGUGCUGGCAACGUCGGAGCUUUGCAUUUCCUGAUCAACCUCGCAUACGGCAACGGCAGCAACGUGAAGGCUCUCCACUACCUCUCAACCUGGGGCGUUCCACACUUGCAAGCCUGGCAUGGCACCGAACUGAAUUCUGCCAAGGGCAUCGUAACCACCGAGACGGAGUUGACGCACAUGACGCCGUCCUCGGAUCCCGGACUUGCGUACCUCAAAGCGCGGUGGGCAUGCGAGAAUCUGCUGUACGAAGCGGCACACCGUGGUCUGUCCGUCACCAUCUUCCGUCCCAGCAUGUGCGCCAAUUCCGCCGCGUCUGGUCGCGCGCUCAAGCGGACCGACAUCAACCGGCGCAUCCUCGAGGGCUGCCUGCAGACCGGCCUGGUGCCCGAUUUUGGCUCCGCCCACGGCGGCGGCAUGAGCUGGAUCACCGCCGACUACCUCACCGCCGUCAUUGCCCGCCUCACCAUCAGACCCGACGGCCGUAGCUACCAGAACUCGACAGCCAAGGGAGCCCGCAUCUUCCACGUCGUUGCCGACAGACACAUCCCGUACACGGAGCUGGUCGACGUGCUGCAGACGGCCCGCAGCGGCGAGAAGUUGCGCCCUGCUGCACCCGAGGAGUGGUUCGCUGCCAUGCGUGCCGCUGGGGAUCCGGAGAUGGCCAUUCAAGCUGAAGUGUUGCGUGAGUGGUGGCAGGCGGGCUGGCUACCUUUUGCGUUGGAUGAUACUCGGUCGCGCCGCGUGUUGGAGGAAGAAUUGGGCAUGAAGCCUCCAGUCGUUGACAGGAAGCUUUUGCUACAGAGUGUCAUUGGAGAGCCAGGAUUUUAG